ACUUGGUGGCUCCUACCAAUCUUGUAGAGUAUUUUAAUGAAGGAUGAUUAGUCUGCUGUUACUUUGAAGUUUUUCAAAAAUAUAGAAUUGUUGAUAAUAAGUGAGUAAAAACGUAUUCUAUACAGUUCAGAAAGUAUAGGAUUCACUGAAAACGAAGAUUUCGACCCAUCAACAUGUGGCAUGAAGCACGAAAACAGGAGCGUCUCCUGAAGUCUAUGAUGGUAGAUCACCGAAGGCGAGCUGAAAGGCGUCGAGAAUAUUAUGAGAAAACAAAAGGAGAUCCUGCCCAAUUCCUUCAAGUUCAUGGUCGCCCCAUGAAAAUUCAUGUUGAUCCAGCAAUAGCAGCUAUAGCGGACAGUCCUGCUACAAUGAUGCCUUGGCAAGGACAACCAGAAAUCUUGAUUGACCGGUUUGAUGUUAGAGCACAUCUAGAUGUUAUUCCUUGUCGCCCCCAAAAAGAUGACAGCGACACUGAUCAGGAUCCUGGUGAGGAGGUGUGGGAAGAAAGACAAGCGAGCUAUGAAAGAUACAGAAUCCUUGUACAAAAUGAAUUUAUUGGAGUUUCAGAGGAAAAGUUUCUACAUCAAAUAUUGCUUGAAGAGCAAUUCGGACCAGUUCAAAAGUUAGGUGAAGAGGAAAAGAAAAAAAUGCUUGCGCCGAAGAAAGCGGCCAUUGGGUUCACUUAUGACGAUUCCACGCCAUCCUCGUCAGCCGCAGCAUCAACUUCGCAUAAUAUUCCCGUGGUUCCUCCCGAAGCGACUGAAGAAGAAGAAUCCGAUAGCGACAUUGAUUUGGAUUUAUCAAUUGCUGUCGAUAAAUUGACAACUGAGCAAAUGCACGAAGUCAACAAAUGUGCACUUCACUAUGGGUUAGGCCGACAGGACUUCAUGUCACUACUCACUCGUGAUUUGGAUGAGCAAGAGUCAUUACGAAUCGCCAAAGAGGAAGAACAAGAGCGGGCCAUGUAUUCUGGGAGAAAAGCAAGGAAAGAGCGACGGGCGUUUAGAGAGCAAAAGCUGCAAGCAUUGCUUAUGAAUCGAUGUCUGAGUCCUCCAAGUUACGCUACACGAGCUAGCCCAACUUACGAUGGACAACUUCGCCGCUCGAAAUCAGUGUCCAAGUCACGUUCUCCUUCACCCUUCGAAGGUGGAAUCAAAUUUAUCACAUCUUUUGGUGACGAAGAUUCGGAUCCAGGAGGGAAAACGAUUAGCUCUCGGUCUCCGAACAAAACUCGCGAUAAAGAUUUACCAAAUAAGCGGCCAUUUGCCUCCACAACUUUCUUGGCUCGAGACAGGGGUGGUCGUCCUUUAAACAGUGGUCGUGACACAACUAAAGUAAAUGACAAACGACAUUCCCGUUCGGGAGAUCAUCGUGCCAGAUCCCCAUCACCUUCCAUUUCUAGAUCCAGAAAAGAUAAAAAAUCCGGAUCUUACUACAAAAAUGAGCGUUCUAGGUCUCGCUCUCGCCGAAGAUCACGUUCACGUCAUCGUUCCUCACGUUCGCGCUCAAGAUCUCGUCGUCGUUCUCGCCAUUCAAGAUCACGCUCUCGGUCGUAUUCGCCGCGAAGUAGCAGACGGCAAAGGAAUCGCUCUCCGCCUCGUGAGCGCAGUCGAAGAAAAUCGUCAUCGUCUUCAUCAAGCUCAUCGUCCUCACGGUCCUCAUCAUCUCGUCAGUCAAUCCGUCGUUCCUCUUCUCCCAUUCGUCCACCUCCGUCAUACGCCUCACUUGCUCGAGAAACACGCCAUUUUAGUCCACCCCAAAUAUCUAAUCCAUUACCUGCUCCUCCUGUACGUCGCUAUUAUGGUCGAAAAAAGAGCGACUCUGAUUCGUCUCUCUCGGACAGAGAGUCUACGUCGCCAUCCAAACCUACAGUUUCUAAUUCAGCAUCAAAGCCUUCAACUCCAUCAGUGACAGGUUCUAGUGGUAGAGGCACUGGUGCAACCAAAAAUACAAUGACGCCACAGGAACGACUAAAGCGCAAGAUGCAAGCAGCUCUCAACAAACAAUACAAGGCGGAUAAACGGGCUGAAAAGGAAAAACUACAAAAAGUAGAACAGGAAAGAAUGAAUCGCGAGGAAGAAAUGCGCGAGCUUGCUUUACGCUUACGUCGAAAAGAGCGUAUGCGACGCCAUGCUGCGCAGGGAGAAUCGGGUUCUUCUAGCCCAUCUUCUCGUUCACCGUCACGCUCACCUUCGCGUACGCCGUCGUAAAAGUUAGUUUUACCUCAAGCGUUUAUUGGAGGGAGAUUUUUUGUCCUAACUUUUGAAUUGCAUCCGUCGUGGAAAGACAGAUCAAUAUCUGGAAAUAUCUGGAAAAAUACACUUAUUACCUUAA